AUGAUGGUCUUUAGCGUCACUUCAGGUUUGAAAAGAAGCUGUUUUUAUAACUAUAAAGGAGUGGUUUCACUUUGGAUAAACAGAGCGUAUGGAAUCAAACCCAUACCUGACAACGCACCAACUUUAGAAGAAAACACUGAAUGGCUUCAAACUUUGAACAAAUCACAUAUUAAGGAUUUGAGAACAGAAAGGGAAGAAGAUUUUACGUACAGGGUAGAAGAGAGAUCAGAUAUUGAUAACGAAGAAACAAACUCCAAUUUACUGAAAUUCAAGUCCAAAAAAACCAAGAGAACAUAUUCCAUAGUUAAACAACCAACUGAAGAUGAUCCAUACCACACACUUUCUGUUCCGGCAAACGAGUACUUUUUAUCCUCUUCCCCAUUUUCCUCGUUGUCUUCAAAACGGAGACCAAAGGCCGAAUCUGUUCAAACGUUCUCUGAUUUGAGAGUUGUUAGACUAAGAUCAGGUAAAGGUGGAAACGGUGAAGUGUCUUUCUAUAGAGAUACGAAUAUUGCCUUCGGUCCCCCUGAUGGGGGUGAUGGGGGUGAUGGCGGGAAUAUAUACGUGGUUGCUGUUAAAGAAAUGAGCUCGUUACACAAUUUGAAAUCAAGGUAUAUUGCGACCGAUGGGACUAAAGGAAAGUCUGCACAAUUGGAUGGAAAGAAAGGUGAAGAUGUUUAUAUAACUGUACCUGUUGGGACACAUAUAAGGUGGUGUCCUGAUCCCAGAGAAAUAAGGGCUUUACAAAAGGAAGAUUAUGAUAAUUAUGUUUUUCAUGUCAAAACGAUAACAGAUGAUUUUGGGUCUUUGAUACCCAAAUUUAUUCAGUUUUUUAGAAAUUCUUAUAAUAUAGGCAAGGGCUGGAUUUUUAAAGAAAAGGAUGAGGAGUAUCAUUUACAGAGAGACUAUUUCAAUAAUCUUAAUGAAAAAGUUUCCGUUUUUGAUGCUCAGUUGAAACAAGACGAAUUAUAUGCUGACACCUUUCCCUUGGAUGGAAUUGAUCUUGAUAAACCAACGGAAGAGCCUGUAUUAUUGCUAAAAGGUGGUAAAGGGGGUUUGGGUAACAUGCAUUUUCUUACGCCUGAUAUCAGAAAUCCACGUUUUUCUAAAAUUGGUAGAAAUGGGUUGGAAGGAAAUUUUAUUUUUGAGUUAAAACUAUUAGCUGAUUUAGGACUAGUAGGACUUCCAAAUGCUGGUAAAUCAACACUUCUAAGGGCAAUCUCAAACGCUAAACCCCGUGUUGGGCAUUGGGAGUUCACUACUUUACAACCUAUUAUUGGUACAAUUCCUCUAAGAAUUGAUCAGCCUCCCUUUACUGUGGCUGAUAUUCCUGGAAUAGUUAAGGGAGCAAAAAUGAAUAAAGGCAUGGGAUUGAACUUUCUAAGGCACAUAGAGAGAUCAGGAGGUCUUGUAUUUGUUGUUUCUCUUGGUUCUAGUGACCCGGUUGAUGAUAUAAAAGUAUUAAUUGAAGAGUUAUCAGAAGAGCGUUUGAAGGGCAAAAACGUUUUGGUUGUUGCAACUAAAGCUGAUGUUGAAGGCUCAAAGCAAAAGUUUCUCGAUUUGAAGAGUUUCGUUGAGCAGUUGAGCUGGAAAUGCGUACCAUGUUCUGGUAAAAACAAGGAGAAUAUAGAGAAAGUCAAAGAGCUAAUGGCCGAGUGUUCUGGAAGAUUAGAUUACAGUUGA